AGCGAGCCGUUGCCGAGCGCUGACGGGAGCGGCCGAGGGCGAGGCCGCCGAGCCGCAGCCGACCGGUGGCUCGCGCCUCCCGGGGCCGAGCGCGCAGGCGCAGAGCGCAGUAACUGCCGGUUGGGGGCGGCGAACCGCAGUGGCGAGGAGGCGGCGGGCCCGGGCGGAGGCGGCGCGGCAGGCGCGGCAGGCGCAGGCGGGCGGCUCCACCUCCGCAGUUCCGACGCCCCUGCCCUAGAUUCUCUGACUGACGGAGAGCGGGGCCUCUCCUUUGCUUCUCUCAGGAGUCGCAGCGUCCGCGGUAGCGGCCCGCAGCGGGGCGCGGUCCCCGCAGCCCGACCCGGAGGCGGGAUGUCGGUGGUGGGCAUUGACCUCGGCUUCCUCAACUGCUACGUCGCGGUGGCGAGGAGCGGCGGCAUCGAGACCAUCGCCAACGAGUACAGCGACAGGUGCACGCCGGCCUGUAUAUCUUUGGGAUCCAGAACUCGAGCCAUUGGAAAUGCAGCUAAGAGUCAGAUAGUUACAAACGUAAGAAAUACAAUUCAUGGCUUCAAAAAGCUUCAUGGGCGAUCAUUUGAUGACCCCAUUGUGCAAACGGAGAGAGUCAGGCUUCCCUAUGAACUGCAGAAGAUGCCCAAUGGAAGUGCAGGAGUUAAGGUUCGGUACCUGGAGGAAGAGAGGCCCUUUGCAAUUGAGCAAGUCACCGGAAUGUUGUUGGCUAAACUUAAAGAGACCUCAGAAAAUGCCCUCAAGAAGCCAGUGGCCGACUGUGUGAUCUCGAUCCCAAGCUUUUUCACUGAUGCUGAGAGAAGGUCCGUGAUGGCGGCAGCUCAGGUUGCAGGCCUAAAUUGUCUGAGGCUGAUGAAUGAAACCACUGCAGUGGCGCUGGCAUAUGGAAUUUAUAAACAGGAUCUUCCCUCAUUAGAUGAGAAGCCAAGGAAUGUUGUGUUUAUUGACAUGGGGCAUUCUGCCUACCAGGUCUCUGUUUGUGCUUUUAACAAAGGAAAACUUAAAGUGUUGGCUACUACCUUUGACCCAUAUCUGGGUGGCAGGAACUUUGAUGAGGCUUUAGUGGACUACUUUUGUGAUGAAUUCAAGACCAAAUAUAAGAUCAAUGUCAAGGAGAACUCUCGGGCCUUGUUGAGGCUGUAUCAGGAGUGUGAGAAGCUGAAGAAGCUGAUGAGUGCAAAUGCGUCAGAUCUUCCUUUGAACAUCGAGUGCUUCAUGAACGACCUGGAUGUUUCUAGUAAGAUGAACAGGGCUCAGUUUGAACAGUUGUGUGCUUCCCUCUUGGCCAGGGUUGAACCACCUUUAAAAGCAGUAAUGGACCAAGCUAACUUACAACGUGAAGACAUAAACAGCAUAGAAAUCGUAGGAGGGGCCACUCGGAUUCCUGCAGUCAAGGAGCAGGUCACCAGGUUUUUUCUGAAAGACAUCAGUACCACCCUAAAUGCUGAUGAAGCUGUCGCCAGAGGAUGUGCUUUGCAGUGUGCAAUCCUCUCACCAGCAUUUAAAGUGCGGGAAUUUUCCAUAACAGACCUUGUUCCCUAUUCAGUCACAUUAAGGUGGAAGACUUCUUUUGAAGAAGGGACUGGGGAAUGUGAAGUCUUCUCUAAGAACCAUCCUGCCCCAUUCUCAAAGGUCAUAACUUUCCACAAGAAGGAACCAUUUGAACUAGAAGCAUUUUAUACUAAUUUGCAUGAAGUGCCUUAUCCUGAUCCAAGAAUUGGAAACUUCACUAUUCAGAAUGUUUUCCCACAGUCUGAUGGUGAUAGUUCUAAGGUAAAAGUUAAAGUUCGUAUUAACAUCCAUGGAAUCUUCAGUGUGGCCAGUGCAUCAGUGGUUGAGAAGCAGAAUCUGGAAGGCGAUCACAAUGAGGCUCCAAUGGAAACAGAAGCUUCAUCUAAGACUGAAAACAAAGAUGAUGCAGACAAAAUGCAGGUUGACCAAGAAGAAGGAGGUCAUCAAAAAUGUCAUGCUGAGCACACCCCAGAAGAGGAGAUUGACCACACUGGAGCCAAGACAAAGUCACUUCCUUCAGACAAGCAAGACCGCAUAAAUCAGACUAUUAAAAAAGGCAAAGUCAAGAGUAUUGAUCUACCCAUCCAGAGUAGCCUGUACAGACAACUGACCCAAGAUCUUCUCAAUAGCUACAUUGAAAAUGAGGGGAAGAUGAUAAUGCAGGAUAAGUUAGAGAAAGAAAGAAAUGAUGCUAAAAACGCUGUGGAAGAAUACGUCUAUGAUUUCAGAGACAAACUGGGCUCCGUCUACGAAAAGUUCAUCACUCCAGAAGACAUGAACAAACUGUCCACAAUAUUGGAAGACACAGAAAAUUGGCUUUAUGAAGAAGGAGAAGACCAACCUAAACAAGUUUAUGUGGAUAAGCUUCAGGAGCUAAAGAAGUAUGGCCAGCCCAUUCAAAUGAAGUAUGUGGAGCAUGAGGAGAGACCAAAAGCUUUAAACGACUUGGGAAAAAAGAUUCAACUUGUCUUGAAAGUAAUAGAAGCACACCGAAACAAGGAUGAAAGGUAUGAGCAUCUGGAUCAUGCUGAAAUGGAAAAGGUUGAGCAGUACAUCAGCGAGUCCAUGAACUGGCUAAACAGUAAGAUGAAUGCUCAAAACAAGCUAAGUCUUACUCAAGAUCCUGUGGUAAAGGUCUCAGAAAUAGUUGCAAGGUCAAAGGAACUGGAUAAUUUCUGUAACCCCAUCGUUUAUAAGCCCAAACCAAACGUAGAAGUUCCUGAAGACAAAGCAAAAGCCAACGGUGAACACAAUGGACCAAUGGAUGGACAGAGUGGUACAGAGACCAACCCAGAUCCAGCAAAAGGCAGCUCACAGCACACAGAAUCUGGAGAGAUGGACGUGGACUAAGUUUCAUUCAAUUCCAACAGUGGGAUAACUACAGGGUCCAUUCAACCUUUACACCCGGUACACACAACAUAUGUUCAGUUGUUCUUAACUACUUUUGUCAUUUGUUUUUUGGAGUAGUUUUGAAAAGUGUCUAUAUUGAGUGCACUGUUGUUGCCCAUUGCUGCUGUGAAGCUUUAGCUGAAUAUAGAUGUACAAAUCAGUUUGAGCUCUCCUCACAUACUUUGUGACAGUGUGCAGGACUGCUGUGUACUCGCAUCCGUCUACCUUAGUCCCAGCUGUUACUUGCAGAGCCCUCAGCUCCUCUGUUCAGGAAGGGUUACUGCAUCGCUCUUUUGUUGCAGAGGCAGGGAACUGAAUGCACUGUUACUGUGAAAAGAAACUGAAUUUCAUGUGGUUUAGAGCCACCAGCACUGACCUUUUCCUGGUAUCCGUAUUGUUAUCAUUUAAAUAUUAAAACAAAUGAGAGGUUCUGACAUACUAGUCCAUCUCACUGGCGCGCCUCAAGAACUCCAGUUUUGUCAUCACAUACAUGAGUCAGAAAGAGACGAUGCAGUUUGAUAUUCAGAUGUCACCAGCCUUUGCUGCUUUUGUUAGUAAAAUGGAUUGAUGUUUAAACUGUUGAUUUACUUGUCCUAAAGACCAGCUGCUACUACACCAAUGCUAAGCCUAGACCUUCAGGUUAUGAGGAAGCACUGUUGACCUGGUCAGAUGUGCAUCUAGGUUGUUGACAGGCUUAGUUCAGUUUUUAUAGUUGUGUUGGUUUUCUUAAUUGAUUUUUGUUUAUAAUACCUUAAUCUGGGGUAGGGAAAAUUGCAGACUUCAUUGCAUUAUAUAUACCUAUCACUGAUUUAAUGUUCCAAUGUAGAUAAACACUAUAAAAUAAGCAGAAAUUCCUAAAAAAAAAGGAAUACCUGUACCAUAAGUCUUAGGAAAUAAUGCUUGUAAUAAACUUAACUGUGUUACAUCCGUAGGUAAAAUACGUAAUGUUACAUAGUGUAAUAUGAUAUGAUGUGAUUAAAUUAUAGUUCCUCAUGUUAAAUUGCCUUUUGAAAACUUGGCUCCAGGUUUGGUGCUUCUUAAAUGGGAAAAGGCAGUGUACUUCAGCUCUAUUGAGGACCUGGUCUGUGGUUUAUCACCAGACUUGUUCACACCAUUCAGCUCUAUCCUGAGGCUUGGAACUGUUAAUUUAACCAUGGGGAGGGCUGGAAUGAUGCUUCAGUCUUCAAAGGAAAGAAGCAUGACAGAUGUAUAGGUCCUUGUGUUCCUAAUGCUAGUUUACUGAAGAUCAACUUCAGUUCCAGUUUUCAAAGGCUCUUGUCCCAAAUCUUUAUAUUAAACAACACUGACUUUUCUCAAGUAGUUAACGACUGAGAGUAUACUAUCUUUAGGGAUAGUCAUUUCUCAAAUGAGUUCUCUAAUAGAGAUUUUGUUCCUACAAUGUAGUCUGCAUUGAAAAGAGAUUGUAGGAGGGUGGGUGGUCAUUUUACAGAAAUUUUUAUUCAGCUUUUUGGGGGAAGAUAGCAUCCCUUUUUAUUAAGAAAAUCAUAUAGUCAUAACAUAUUUUAAAUGUCUAUAUCUUUUAUUAACGUGAAAUAAUUAGAUCCAAUAAAUGAAGAAAUACAUUUUUAAGUAGCUAUCAGUUACUUUUCAUUUGUAUGGUGAAUAUAUACAUAGGUCCACUUUAAAAAAAUCAUGGUUGUGAAGGGAGUAUGUGACCACACAGAGACUGUAUAGCUGCUUCUUGGUUAACACUUGUACUCACUCAGUAAGGAGCUGUUCCUCAGAACCCUGUUGGAAGUGGCAGAAGCGUCUCUCCCUGCACCGAAUGUUCAGCAGAGCCUCACAUUUUCCACCCUGUUCUGAAGUCACUUUCAGUAGUUUAUUGUUUUAGUCAGGUAACAAUUUUGUGAUUAUAUAAUGUCUCUUUUAAUAAGUUAAAUACAUCCAAAGAUAAUCUGCAUAGUUUUAAAAUUGGAUGUGAAUGUUAAGAAAAAAAUAACAAAAUCCCAUGCUAUUUAUGGAAUUUAAAGUAAGGAAAAUACAUUCUCCUUAGUAGACAGUAAGAUUGAACUCAUCUAUAAUAUACAUUGAAUUAGGUAAUUCUAGAUCUAAGAGUUUUCAAAACAUAAAGGUGAAUUAUUUAAAGAAUAAAUAGCCAAAGCAAAGUUACCAUUCAUCAAACUAUCAAAGAAGGGUAGGAACUAAAAGUUUCUUAGUAUGGUUUAAUCCCAAAAGUACAAAUUAUCUUCCUUUAAGAAACCAACUCUUGCCAGGCAGUGGUGGCGCACGCCUUUAAUCCCAGCACUCAGAAGGCAGAGGCAGGCGGAUCUCUGAGUUUAAGAACAACCUGGUCUACACUAGGAUGGUCAGAGCUACACAGAAAAACCCUGUCUUGAACCCACUACCCCCCCAAAGGAAUCAACCCUUAAUACAAUUAUACUGUUUUUAUACAAAGACUGUUAAAUGGUACUAAAAAGAAACUGUGCAAGACAAGGUGGAAGCACCCAGAAUGCUUUGCUUCAGAAGGAGUCUGAGCUCAUUCAUGGUCAGGCAGGGCUAUACUGACAUCUUACCUCAGAAAGCAAAUUUGCUUUGAUUCUUUGUUUUUUUGUUUUACGAGACAGGGUUUCUCUGUAACUUUGGAGCCUAUCCUGGAACUAGCUCUUGUAGACCAGGCUGGCCUCAAACUCACAGAGAUCCACCUGCCUCUGCCUCCUGAGUGCUGGGAUUAAAGGCGUGCACCACCACCGCCUGGCUGAUUCUUUAAGUAGUGUACUUAAAAUCUAAAAAGGUAGAAAUAUUAUAUCAAAUAACUCAGGUACUGGAAUAACAGUCCGUUUUAAAACAGUGACUAGGUAUUUUCUGGGAACAAAUGGGAAGGUAAGUUUUCAUGUGUUUGAGAUUAUUUCCUAGCUAGACAUCUUUAAAUUAUGGAGCUCAAUAAUCAGUUUGAAGGUAGUAUUAAACCAGUCAUGGUGGCAAAUGCCUUUUAUCCUAGCACUCCUGAGGCAGAGACAGACUAUGUUCAGGCCAGCCAGGACUGCAGAGUGAGCUGGACUAGACUGUAUAGUUUGACUCAGUCAAUGCUACACACACACAAAAAAAAAGUUAGCAAUUAAGUAAUCUGUGACUUGUGAAAAAUCCACCUGAAAAGGUGAGAGACCUUGACAGAGUAACUAUAUCAGUGUGACCUAAAAUAGGUAAAGCCAUUGUUUAGUUCUUAUGCAUCUGAAAUGUAAUGGUUACCCUUGAAACAAUUCCAUGUGAUUUUGAUAGCUGGAGAUUGGUUGGUAACUCAGACAAAUUAAGUCCUUUAUACUAAUUCUAUAUAAUAGGUCUGAGAGGAGGGACAGCUCUGGAGUAGACAGCCUCACUAACAUUCAUUGUCUUCUAUUUCUUCUAAUCCUUCUCAAACGUUCCCACUCCUUGGUGACUAAGCAUUCAAAUAUAUGAGCCUAUGGGGGCCAUUCUCAUUCAGACAAUCAAACAUGGCUAAAUUCUUAUUCUAAACAGCAAAGGGGCAUCUAGAAUAUUGAGAAUGUUGAAAAUCAAACUGCUUCAAAGGAAAGUUGAAAACUGAAAUCCCUGUGGGAAGUGGUCAGCAUUUUACAGCUGCAAACGCUUCCUCAUUUUCUGGAUUCUUAAGAAUGAAUCUAGCAUAUUAUUAGGGUAAAUAAUAACAGAAACGACAUAUUCAUCAAAAUAUAUUGAAAACGGGAGCUUUCAAAUCAAGGAGUCAAAGAUAGUAACUAAGUCAUGACCAUCUGAUGUUAUGAUGCAGUCAGAUCCAUAGUAAUGAAAAUAACAUGACCCAUGCUUGGAGUAUGAAGCGUUAUCACCCAAGUCACAGAAUGAUUAAGGAAACUUAUUGAGACCCUAAAAUGUAUUAUCCUAUAAAGGCAGUGAGAUACAACAUGUCUUAGAUUGUAUUAUAGCAUAUAAAUAACACAUUCACAAUCAAUGAUAUGUAAAAUGUCAUUUAUAUGGCCAGUGUUUUCAAAUGUAUUGCUCCUUUAAAAUCUUGAUAUUCACCAGGUGCAUGCCUUUAAUCCCAACACUUAGGAGGCAGAGGCAGACGGAUCUUCAUGAGUUCAAGGCCAGCCUGGUCUACAAGAGCUUGUUCCAGGACAACUAGGACUGUUACACAGAGAAACCCUGUCUCGAAAAAAAAAAAUCUUGAUUUUCCUUUAAUUCCUCUUUCAUGAUAUUGAAAUCUUGAUCACUCUGAUGUUUAAGUUAACAAUUUAGACAGGUUUAGGAGUUCCCUCCCCUUAUUUUUGAGACUAGAUCUAGAUACGUAGUUCAGGCUGGCCUCCAACUUGUGAUUCUCAUGCCUCAGCCUCCAGUGCUAGGAUUACAGGUGUGUGCCACCACGAUCAGCCCUUUUUUUCCUUUGUAAUACUGAGUCUUACUUUAGGAUUUGGGGCUCUUAAUUCAUAUGAAAUAAACAAAACUAUACAUUUCCGUAUUCAACAUCUCCAAUUUUAGCAAUCUCCAGUUUUAAUAGUGGCAUUGAAUAGAUUCUCCAUCUUUUAGGUGUUAGGUAGUUUAAAGUAGUUCUGGACCAAAAAAAGUCAGUCUGUGAGUAUUGUCUGUGAAAUAUGACAAAAUAACAAGGUCAUCAGAAAGUCAAAAAGCAGACACAUUUGAUGCUUUCUGAUUAAAAAAGGAGCACUGUAUAUCUUUCUACGCAUUAUUAUUUUUAGUUUCCUAAGUUUGUUCCUUCUGAGAAAUUAAGUGAAAAUACUUUUAAAAAAUCAUGACAGCCUGCUUAGAAUGUACAUGUUAAGAAGGAAUUUAAAAUGAAAAACUAGAUAAAAAGAAGCUUUACAGUUACAUUUUUCCCUAAAAUAAACUUUUGUGACUUAGUUUCUUGGAAGGAACAUCUUAACAUGAAGUGGUCACCUAUUAGAUCUGGUAGAAAGAAGCCACUGUUACUCAGCACCACAUUUUAAAGGAAGCUAUCCUAAAUUAUUCAGUUCUGGUAAAUGGUAUUCCAGUCAUCUCACAACCUUUAUAACUGUACAAAGUGACUCUACUCCAGUCAUUCCUGUAAAAUAACCUUUGAGUUUUGUUCUUAGUAACUCUUCUUAGUUUCCUUCCUUUUAGAACUGUACAUUUGAUUUAUCAAUUCUUUUUGCAAUGCAGAAAAUUUUGAUCAAAUGUGACAUUUCUAUAAAAAUAAGUUUGACAUAAUAGACCAUUACCUUCAAUGAACAGACAUAAGAAUGGCUUUCAAUGUUACUGAUAAUAUUUUACAAAUACCAUUUUGGAAUAUGACAUUGGUUCACAAAUAUAUCCACAAAAUGUUUGCAUAUGGGAUGAUCAAAGCAUAUAAAACAUUUUCUAUGUAUGUACAUUGCAUCUUCAUACUAGUAAACAAGUAAUUGAUAAUAAAUGCAAUUCAUCUUUGGAUGUCAGUCCACAUCGUCAAGAAGUCAUGUAAUAAUAAUAUAUAGUCUACCUGCUCCUUGAACCAUAAGUUUUGCACACCAGAGGUUUAAUAUUCAAGUGUUGAACUCUAUCAUUGCAUUGCAUGAAACACUGAGGACAGGUCACCAAAUUAUUUUAAAGAAAUCUGCAUAGCAAUCAAAGUUUUUGAGUAACUUGGCAAGAUCUGCAAACUCAGACACUUAAUUCUGAAACCUUAUAUGGUAGC